AUGGACGGCCUCGACGACUUUGAGAAGGCUCUCGCAGCCGAAAAGGGCGAGCGAGAGCGCAUUGAACGCGAAAAAGAAGAGCGCAGGCAACGCAAGAAGCAGCGCAGCCAUCAUCACCACCACCGCGAACGCGACAGAUCCCCCGACAGACACCGCGAACGCGAUAGGGACAGGGACAGGGAUCGCGACCGUGAUCGCGAUCAUGAUCGACACCGGCAUAGGUCACGACGUCAUGACGAGGAAGAUGAAGAUGGACACAGGCACAAGCGAUCGCGCCAUUCCAGAGACGACGAGGAACGACGAUCGAGGAGGCACCGGGAGAGAGACGACGAAGGACGUGAACACAAGCACGAGAAAACGACCGACCCGAAGGAAGACCUGCCGAUUCCCGAUGAAGAGUCUGUCCCAGCAGACAAGACCUCCACUCCCUUGGUGCGCGACUCCUGGAUGACCGCGCCUUCGGCCAUCGACAUCGACUACGUCCAGCGAAAAGACAAGGACGCCAAACCACCGCCACCCAAGGAAGAGCCGGCUAGAAUCAUUCACGAGAGGGAAAUAAACAAGGACUUUGGAGAUCUCAGCAACGUCACGGCCUUGGAUGAGAAGCUCCCACCGAAGGAGAGGACCAUCGACUACACAUUCGGCGACAACGGCUCUCAGUGGCGAAUGACAAAGCUCAAGGGCGUCUACAGCAUGGCAGAGGAGUCAGGCAGGUCUGUAGAAGACGUCGCCCUGGAGAGAUAUGGGGAUUUGCAGGACUUUGACGAUGCCAGGGAAGAGAAGACUGAGAUGGACCGGCGGAAGGUGUACGGCGACGAGUACGUGGGCAAGGAGAAGCCGACUGGCGAUCUGUACCGCGAGCGCAUGGAAAAGCACCGUCAUGACCCGAUGCCCGUUGACGAAAGUCCUAUGGAAGGCAUCGAGCAGGGCACUGUAAUCCCAGACAACGCCAUGCUGCAUACCCCCAUCGACCAGACAGCUCUGAACCGGAUGCGAGCUCAGAUGAUGAAGGCGAAGCUUCGUCGGGCCCCUGAUGCCGCCAAGUUGGAAGCCGAGUACAACGCAGCUGCCGCGAGCUUCGCUACGAAUGGUCCUCAGUCGGUCGUACUCGGCGUCAUGGACAACCGCAUGCUUGCUGGCUCACGGGGCGAGGUCAAGGCUAUCGAGACAAAGCGAGGGCGAGAGCGCGGCAAUGUGGAGGCCAACGAGGAUAUGUCGAUCGAGGACAUGGUCCGCGAGGAGCGCAGGACACGCGGUCAGACGGGCGGCGAGGGUAUGCGACUUGCCGAGCGUAUUGCAAAGGAUGGCAAGUUCGACAACGAUCUGGACUACAUGGAUGAAAACGCGGAGAAGCUCGCAAAGAGAGUCCACAGGUCAGAGAUCAACCUCAAGAACGUGGCCGUCAACGAGUAUCAGAAAGUCACGCGCAUCUUGGACAACUGCCCUCUCUGUCAUCACGAAGACAAGGGCCAGCCGCCGUUGGCGCCUGUUGUCUCUCUCGGCACUCGCGUCUUCCUGACGCUGCCCACGGACCCCGAAGUCAGCGAGGGUGGUGCGAUGAUCACGCCAAUCGCUCAUCGCAAGAACCUUUUGGAAUGCGACGACGACGAAUGGGAGGAGAUCCGCAACUUCAUGAAAUCCCUAACCAGGAUGUACCACGAAAAGGGACAGGAAGUCAUCUUCUACGAGAACGCCGCUGCUCCUCAAAGACACUUACAUGCUGCCAUGAUGGCUGUGCCAAUUCCCUACGAAGAGGGCGCGACAGCCCCGGCAUACUUCAAGGAGGCAUUCCUCACAGCCGACGAGGAGUGGUCGCAGCACAAGAAGAUCAUCGACACCGGGGCCAAGGCUCGAGAUGGAAUGGGGCGGAUGGCUUUCCGGCGGAGCAUCGCCAAAGAGAUGCCCUACUUCCAUGCCUGGUUCACUUUGGACGGGGGUCUCGGUCAUAUUGUCGAGAACUCUGACCGCUGGCCCAGAGGUGACCUGUUCGCGAGAGAGAUCAUCGGAGGCAUUCUGGACGUGGCGCCGGACGUGAUCAAGAAGCAGGGAAGGUGGAACAAGGGAGACCGCCGGGUCGAUAGUUUCAACAAGAAGUGGAGGAAGUUCGACUGGACCCGAGUCCUCAGCGAUAGCUAG